AAGCACUGAUGGCUGGAUUCAUGCCACUGUGCCUCAGCACAACGUUUAGCAAGUUCAGCUUCAGACUCGCCUACAGUUUCUCAUACAACCUGUUCCAGUUCUGUGGCCACACGUGGAUACUGGCUAAUACUGUCGCCAGGUUUCUUAUGUUCGGCCAAGAUGCUUUGGCCGACACCUUUUACUCUGUGGGCUUUGUGAUGAGUCUCUGCCAGCUGCUCUCCAUUCUGGAGCUUUUCCACAUUGCGGACGGCAUCGAGAAAGCCCGGCUCCUUCCUCGCUUCAUCCAAGUGAUGGAGAAGAACCUUCUGUUGAUUAUGAUCAUCAUGCUGGAGGAGCUGCAGAGUAAACCGGUGGUGUGCGUGCAGCUCUUCUUCUGGAACGUGCUGGACCUCCUCCGGUAUCCUCACGAGCUGCUGUGUGUCAUGGAUACGCCGUCCAGCACCAUGCUGUGGACUCGCUACACGCUCUGGAUCCCCUUAUACAUCCUCACAGUCAUCGUUGAAGCUGCCACCAUCUAUCAGGCGCUGCCUUAUGCUGAGCAAACGGCCUCCCAGUCGUGUCCACUCAACUCAACGACAGCUCCAAACAGCCACCUCCCCGUGGUGCUGGCGCUCUACCUGCCCGUCCUCACUCUUGGAGCCUCGCUCACAGUCGGGCAGCUGCUGAAGGAGAGGCACCACCACCUGGAGAAGUGGAACAGGAAGAGGAAGUAACAUGAAGUCACAGCUCGCUGGAGUUACGGAUGAAGUCGAAUGUAACGAUCUGCUGUAAAGAGAGAAAAGGAUGUUCUAAACCCAAAAUGAUUUGUUGCACUUUUAUUGACAGCACAGAUUCCUACAGUACAGUUACUGUCUAACAUUAAACAUGCCCACAGCUCAGACCAGCA